AUGGCGGGUAAGCGUCUUUUAGACGCUGCCCAAUUCCUGGGCGCCGCCAAAUCCAUCUCUGGCAAACACAUUGCCGCUCGCCGACAGCAGUUGGAUGUCUACACGCGUACAUCGUCGCUGACAGAAGGACUCAGAGACAAAGGCAACAGCCUCAUAGUUACUGCACAGGCAGCUUCCGCCAUUUUCCAGCGGUUUAACGAAGCGCCACAGCCUUCGUCGUCGGACGCGGAAACCUCGGGAUAUUCGCAAACGGCCCAGAAAGCCCGAGAAAGCGCUGCGCAAUAUGGACAAAACGCCGGACAACCUUUUACAGGUGGAACAAAGGAGGCAAAUACCGGCGCGGAGGCUGAAAAGCCGAGAGAUCAAUCUGCGCAUCAGGUUCCCCAGGAACAAGCCGUUCAUAAUGUAGACGGGAAACCCGAUGACUUGAUCAUCAGCCAGGCGCAAGAAACCUUUUAUCGGCCAUCACAAAAAUCAAAAUCCGUUCCCUCGAAUGUUCCAGAGCUCAAAUUACCUGCAGCCACGAGCACGACACAACAACAGGGUAGCCAACAUGAUGUUGACAAAAAUAUAAAUCCGGAUGUUUUUCAUUCGCAAACAAGUGAGCAUGAAGGGCCACCUGACGAGAUCUUGCAGAGCGUAUUUCAUAGCCCAAGGGUUGCAAAUUUAUUGUUAUCCAAGGAAAAGCGACCGCAUCUGGCCGGCGUCAAAUCUCAUCUUCCGGAGCAUAGACCGGUUGAGUACUCUCAAAACCCUGACGUGCGAAGCAAAAUCGAGGCUACUCAAGAUUCGAUUUUACAGAAUGAGAAGAAUGAAUCAGUCUCUGAAAUCCUUGAACCAUUGUCUCGGGAAUUGGAAAACAACGAUAUACCAACUGCUAGCCCCAGCUACCAGAUGUUGGAGUCACGCGUUCCUUCUACCCGCUUAGGUAGACUAUGGCAAUACGGAGGACUAGCUACUUCGAUGGCUUUUGGUGCUGUCGGCGAGACUUUACGAAGGGCGACUGGUAGCAAAGAUGAAAGCAACGGAUCGAUCAUGUUCAGUGCAGGUAACAUGGAACGUCUAGUUGCGAAACUAUCCAAAAUGAGAGGCGCAGCUCUAAAACUAGGCCAAAUGAUGAGCUUACAAGACUCGCAAAUGCUGCCUGAGUCAAUUGCAGUCGUCCUGCAACGGGUUCAAGACCGGGCAGACUACAUGCCGCAAUCGCAGCGGGACACGGUUCUCGUUGACAACCUGGGUGCUAAUUGGAGAGAACUAUUCGAAUCCUUUGAAGAAGUGCCCAUGGCGGCUGCCUCGAUAGGUCAGGUACACGGGGCAGUCCUCAAAGACGGACGACGUGUGGCUGUGAAAAUCCAAUAUCCCGGUGUGGCUGAUUCUAUAGACUCGGAUUUGAACAACUUAUCCAUCCUUCUCACUGCAUCUCGUCUUCUUCCCAAGGGCCUCUUUCUCGAUCGGACAAUUUCUAAUGCACGCACUGAGCUGGGUUGGGAAUGCGAUUACAUCCGUGAAGCCCAAUGCGCCGACCGGUUCAGAGCAUUACUCGGCAAUAAACAGGCCUCCUUUGUUGUCCCAGAGGUCAUACACGAGGCUUCGGGGAAGCAGGUCCUGACUAUGGAGCGCAUGGAUGGGAUAGCCGUCACCAAAAUCAAGACUUUUACUCAAGAGCAACGCGACUGGGUCGGGACAGAAAUCCUUCGACUCUGUCUACGCGAAAUCUGCGAAUUCCGCUUCAUGCAAACAGACCCCAACUGGACCAACUUUUUGUUCAACGCAGAGAAGAACCGCCUCGAACUACUCGAUUUCGGUGCUUCGCGCGAGUAUCCAGCUGAAUUCAUCGAACUGUACGUCCAGACGCUCGUGGCCGCGGCGCGUAAUGACAGGGCUCGCUGCAAAGACCUGUCCGUGAAACUCGGAUAUCUCACGGGAUACGAAUCUCAAGCCAUGGUCGAUGCGCAUGUUGAUUCGAUUAUCACGAUUGCCGAGCCCUACCGGGAUUCUGCGCCUGAUGUGUACGAUUUCCGCGACCAAACAAUUACAGAUCGUGUCCGGAGCUUGAUCCCCGUUAUGCUCCGCGAGCGAUUGGCUCCUCCGCCGGAGGAGACGUAUAGCUUGCAUCGGAAACUCAGCGGUGCUUUCCUAUUAUGUGCCAAGUUGGAAAGUCGAGUACCUUGUAAAGAAUUGUUUUGGUCUGUUGUGAAGGAGGUAGAGAAGGGCAAGCAGUCAAAUUAG